ACCGCAAGACCUUUAUUGUAAAUGGCACUAAAUUCAGAUUCAGUUAAAAUGAAAUCAAUUCAUCUUUGAAUACAUUCCAGACAGAGAGAGAUAGUACUCUUCAUAUCCGUGACCCUUAUCCUACACAAUUCCUACCACGGGAAUCUGACCCAGCUCGCCGGAGAAUGACACCUCCCCUUCUCUCCCUACACUCUCCUCUCCCCUCUACAAACCCAUGAAAAGUACAAUGACAGAAGAGAAAACAGCAGAACAAGAAGACCGAAGCCCGCUGGAAUUACCCGCUGGAGAAACCGGUCUCCGGCAAGCGAUUCAUCUCAUCUCUUCCUUAAUCUCACUCUCUUAUUCCACUAAAACCUUCACCGCCAAAUGGCAAUCAAUCCGAAACAAGCUCGAGCAGCUGAAUUCCGGCCUAACCGCCGCCGAGAACUGCAGUUCCAGCGAAGAUACGCCGUUCCAAGCUGCAAUUCAAUCCAUACUAUCGACAUCAUCCGAAUGCCAUGACCUGGCCCGCCGCUGCGUCGAUUUCUCCUACAGUGGGAAGCUCCUCAUGCAGAGCGACCUUGAUGUCGUAGCUGCGAAAUUUGAUCAACAUAUCAAAGACAUCACUGGAAUCUACACGACUGGAAUUCUAACGCAAGCAUAUGCAAUCGUCGUGUCGAGGCCUUCCGUCGGAGCAGGCCGUGAUGACAUGAAAUUCUAUGUUAGAGAUCUCUCCACCCGACUGAAAAUUGGAGACACCCAAAUGAAAAUUCAGGCCUUAAUUGCUCUGAAUGAGAUUCUACUUGAAGAGGAGAAGUAUGUGAGGAUUGUAAUUGAGGUGGGUGAAAUUAUCAGCCUUUUGGUGAAUUUUCUUGAAUUCCCAGAGGCUGAAAUUCAAGAAGAGUCCGUGGAGGCGAUAUCUGUGAUUGCGGGGUUUGAUUCAUGUAAAAGUAUUCUGGUGGGGGCCGGCGUUGUUGCACCGUUGAUUCGGGUUUUGGAAGUCGGAAGCGAUUUGGGAAAGGAAAGAUCGGCGAGAGCUUUAUGGAAGCUGACGGAGAAUUCCGACAAUGCAUGGUUGGUUUCAGCCCAUGGCGGCGUAACUGUUCUGUUAAACAUCUGCUGUGAUGGUAAUAGCAAUGGAGAGCUGAUCGGGUCGGCUUGUGGCAUUUUGAAAAAUCUUGCUGGCGUUGAUGAGAUUAAGAGAUUCAUCGUCGAAGAAGGAGCAGUUUCUGUGUUUUUGAAGCUCGCAAGAUCGAAGGAUGAGGUUCCAAUGAUUCGGGCAAUUGAAUCCCUCCAAAGCAUGGCUUGCGGGGAUGAAUCGAUUCGACGGGCGGUUAUAAGAGAAGGUGGAAUUCAAUCGCUAGUUCGCGUCUUGGACCCGAAAUCUUCCUUCUCUUCAAAGACACGGGAGAUUGCAAUGCGAGCAGUUGAUAGCCUCUGCUUCUCGUCGAUGAAUUCCCUGAAUAUCUUGAUGGGCUCUGAAUUCCUCAAUUGGGUUCUGUUUUUUGUAAGGAAUGGAGAUGUUUCCAUCCAAGAAUCUGCUGUGAAGGUAGCUUUUCGACUUUGUGGGGCAUCGGAAGAGACUAAAAAAACAAUGGGUGAUGCUGGUUUCAUGCCGGAGCUUGUGAAAUUGCUAGAUUCGAAGUCCUUUGAGAUUCGGGAAAUGGCGGCAGAAGCGCUAUCAAACAUGGUUUUGAUUCCAAAGAAUCGGCGGAGAUUCAUACAAGAUGAUACCAACAUCGUUCGUGUUCUUCAAUUGCUUGAUCCAGAAGAAGAGAAACUAGGUAUUAAGAAAAUCUUACUCUCUCUGUUAGUUUCAUUAUCAAAUAGUAACACUGGACGUAGGAGAAUUGUAGCUUCUGGAUAUCUGAAGCAUUUGGAAAAACUCGCAGAAGCUGAUGUUACAGAAGCGAAGAGAAUCAUCAAGAAACUAUCUGAGAACAAAUUACGCAAUAUAUUUAAAUUAAUUUGGAAUUCGUGAAUGUAAUCCUUUUCACAUAUUAAUCUUUUUCCUUUUUUGUAAAUUCUAGUAUUUGUAGUAAUUGAAUUUUUGUUAGUAAUCUUAAAAUUCUGCUUA